CCCCAAAGCCUGACCAUGGACCCGAUUAACAUCAGCAUGGCCAGUGCCCCCCUGGUGAAGCCCACUGCUGGAACCGGCCUCAAGACCAGCAGGCCCCGAGUCAUGUCCAAGAGUGGACACAGCAACGUGAGAAUCGACAAGGUGGAUGGCAUAUACUUGCUCUACCUCCAAGACUUGUGGACCACCGUCAUCGACAUGAAGUGGAGAUACAAGCUCACCCUGUUUGCUGCCACGUUCGUGAUGACCUGGUUCCUUUUUGGUGUGAUCUACUAUGCCAUUGCCUUCAUUCAUGGGGACUUAGAACCCAGUGAGCACACGUCCAAUCACACCCCCUGCAUCAUGAAAGUGGACUCCCUCACGGGGGCAUUCCUCUUUUCCCUGGAAUCCCAGACAACCAUCGGCUACGGAGUCCGUUCCAUCACGGAGGAGUGCCCUCACGCCAUCUUCCUCUUGGUGGCUCAGCUGGUCAUCACCACCUUGAUUGAGAUCUUCAUCACGGGCACCUUCCUGGCCAAAAUCGCGAGACCCAAAAAGCGGGCAGAGACCAUCAAGUUCAGCCACUGUGCCGUCAUCACCAAGCAGAACGGGAAGCUGUGCUUGGUAAUCCAGGUGGCCAACAUGAGGAAGAGCCUCCUGAUCCAGUGCCAGCUCUCGGGGAAGCUCCUCCAGACCCACGUCACCAAGGAGGGGGAGCGCAUCCUCCUCAACCAGGCCACCGUCAAAUUCCACGUGGACUCCUCUUCCGAGAGCCCCUUCCUCAUCCUGCCCAUGACGUUCUACCACGUGCUGGAUGAGACGAGCCCCCUGAGAGAUCUCACCCCCCAAAACCUUAAGGAGAAGGAGUUUGAGCUGGUGGUUCUCCUCAAUGCCACGGUGGAGUCCACCAGCGCUGUCUGCCAGAGCCGCACGUCUUACGUCCCAGAGGAGAUCUACUGGGGUUUCGAGUUUGUGCCUGUGGUUUCUCUCUCAAAAACCGGCAAGUACGUGGCCGAUUUCAGUCAGUUUGAACAGAUCCGGAAGAGCCCGGAUUGCACCUUUUACUGCACGGAUUCCGAGAAGCAGAAGCUCGAGGAGAAGUACCGUCAGGAGGAUCAGAGGGAACGAGAGCUGAGAGCGCUUUUGUUGCAACAGAGCAACGUCUGAUGGCGGUGGCGUCGCCUCGACUUAACGCCGAGCUGCUUCCACAUCUGAGCUCCCUUCAAACCCAGAGGUCACCGGGAAAACAAAAAUGGGUGGACGCACUCUGAAAAACUGCACAGAUGUACAGACCUGUUCCUUUGAUCUGGUGUCUAAACAAGCAUUCCACGUCUGGGAGGGUUCCCUUUUUAAAUGCUUUGUGCGAAGCGAACUGCCCCAAUUCAAAUUUUCUAAAAGGGGGACUGCAUUUCAGAGAACUUGGUGGAGGCUACUUGAAACAAUCUGGAUGGACAGAUAUUUUGCAAUGCUGAUAUUGAAAGGAAGUGCAUUUCCAUACAAGGAUGUCAGCUAUAAUGAAAUGUAUUUUUUCAAUCCAAGUAUCAAAGACGAGAUGGCCGAGAGCUGAAACGUGGUUCAGUACCCACUUAUAUCAUUGCUCUCAAACACACUCAUUUUUUCAAGCAGUGAAAAAGGUAUUUAUAAUGAAGGCUAUGUGGUAAUACAUAAAAAGGGGCAAGGGCGCUCUGUACUCACAAAAUACAAUAAUUCUGUUUUUACCUUUUUUGGUGAAUGUAAUCGUACAGAGUGAAAUUGAUGAAAUCAGGAACCGUCGCUGUGAACACAUGUGCAGAUGGAGCUAAUGUGAUUGUUCACACUAAUCUGUUUCUGCUGGAAUGU